AUGGCAUGGGCAGCUACUUCUUUGAUCCUGGCACCACUCUCUCUGCUGGCUAUUCUUGCAGCUAUACCUCCCUUAGUCGUACAAAUACGUGCCAGAAACUUCCCAGCCUCGGUCCUCAUCGUCGGAGUCACCAUUCUGAACGUACAAAAUUUUAUUAACACAGUCAUAUGGCACUCGCCCAGUACCUCCAGUUGGUGGGACGGGAAGAUACUGUGUGACAUCGAAGUGAAACUCUACCUUGGAAUAUCCCAGGCUAUGUGCGGAGCCAUAGCAAGCAUAUUUCGGCAGAUCUGUAUCAUCCUCCACCCUGAUCAUCUGGCCGUGGCACCGAGUCCACGACAGCGCAAGAUAACCUUGGUCAUCGAGCUCACACUUUGCAUACUGUUGCCUGUAUAUGUCAUGAUCGGCCACUACCUGACUCAGCGUACCAGGUACUGGGUCCGACUUUCAUCUGGCUGCAUAUCGACGUUCGACGUCAACUACGCUGCACCCUUCCUGACUUACCUGUGGCCAUUGGUCGUAUCACUCAUUGGCAGCACUUACUGUCUGAUCGCCAUCCUCCGUCUGAAGAAGCACCGCAAGCAAAUGGCAUCGGUCCUCUCCAACACCCUUGGAGCCACGACCUCGCGAUUCUAUCGGCUCUUCGCACUCGCCUGCACGCUGCUGGCAAUAUACUGCCCACUUUCGAUAUUCAGCUUCGUGCAGGACAUUCGCAUCCCAAUGCACAAGUAUUCCUGGCCGGAUAUCCAUCCUCCUGACUGGUCGGAAAGAAUUAUGUUGGGUCAAGACACCAGGCAGAGCGGGCAGUACAUCACAGCUGACUGUUGGGCACAAGUCCUCACAGCAUAUCUGGCAUUUCUCUUCUUUGGACUAGGCCAAGAAGCAACCCAGAUGUACAAGGGUUGGCUCACUCGAACACGCAGUUUCCUUUCCAAGUACGCGAAAUCAAAGUGCGAGGCGUUCACGCAGCCCCCUCACGAAUUCAUGUCACUCGAGGAUGGACUUAAUAUCGGGUUGCCGGCCGCCCGUUACACUUAUGAGCACCCUCAAGCCACUCAUCCCCACCACUCCAACAUAUCAGAACUGAGUGGGUAA